AUGUCUUCUUUUCUCUCUACAAUGCCAUCAUCACCAUCUCGUCCUUCUCCUCCAUCUAACGUUUAUCAGGAGGAGAUUGAUCAAAGUGAGAAGAUGGAUUUUCAAUCUCAACCUGAGAACGUAGUAGGAGGAAUGCAGAAAGGAGCAGCACUUCAUGAGGAUGAUGAUAACUCUGCUUACUUCAACUCAUUACCGCCAGGUUUCAGGUUCUGCCCAAAUGAUUAUGAGCUUAUCAAUUACUACCUGAAGAAGAAAAUCACGAAUCAGCCACUACCCAUUAACCGAAUCAGAGAUGUUGAGCUCUACAAACAUAAUCCUGACUAUCUCGCUGAGAAGUACCAAUCAUAUGGAGAGGAUGAAUGGUAUUUUUUUACGCCUAGAGAUCGUAAGUAUAAAAAUGGAUUUCGACCAAAUCGAGCAGCUGGAAAGGGUUAUUGGAAAGCCACUGGAGCAGAUAAAAAAAUUUACAGCAAUGAUGAACUUGUUGGCUAUAGGAAGGCAUUAGUGUUCUACAUAGGAAAGGCUCCCAAGGGUGACAAGUCUGAUUGGAUCAUGCAUGAGUUUCGAGUGGUACAAAAUCCUCCUUUGCAAACUAUUAGAGCACCAAAUGAUAUGAAGCUGGAUGACUGUGUCUUAUGUAAGAUGUAUAAGAAGCCAGAGAAACCAGAAGCUCAAGAUACAGAAAUUCAAGCCAAGGAUGCAAAUACAAGGAUUGAAACUGGUGAUCAUUCUGAUGUUGGUGAUGAAAAUCAUGUGCCUGCAAAUACUGAUUAUAACAAUUCCAAUUCAUCAAGAAUGUUAUGCAGCUAUAGUGACAGGAUGGAUAACUGUAUGGGUUUGAUCAAUCCAUCUGGUUGGGAUGAAUCCGGUCAUUCUCUUCAAUACAAUCUUCCUCCGGAACCCAAUCAAAUGCUUACUGGUAAUUAUCCUUACCAAUCCAACAUCAAUUUUGGUUAUGGGGAUCCUGGUAAUUCAGUACUUCAACCAAUUUCUUUUAUGCCGCCAGCCAUACAUUUCAUGGAGAGUAACUAUCAAGAAACUGGGAAUGUUUAUAAUGAUUCCUGGGGUUUCAAGCAAGAGGAUUCCAGUAUGUUACCCCAAUACGACUUCAAACAAGAAGAGGAUUACAAUAUGUUGCUCCAGUAUGACUUCUCCAACCAGAACUGCUUGGAUCCCUUUAACUUUCUUUCUGAUGAUAUUAAUUUGCCAAAUACCACUGGCAUCUCACCAGUACUAAAAGACAAGUCAUCAUUUACCAACAAGAAUGCAAAUGACUCAGGCUAA